AUGGCGCAAGAGUCAAAAGAUUCCGGGCCUGUGUCUGAAACACUCCCCGAUGCUCCAGCUCCUGCAAAACCGUCGGUCAAGUCGUUCAAGCAAGUUCCUUGGAAGAAGUAUGCGAAAUUGAAAUUGAAGUUUGAGCUCGCCUUACGAGAGAGCGAGAGCUUAAUCCGCGAAGAGCUCCGAAUUGAAGACUUAUCCAAGCGAAUUCAGGAACAGAACGACCAACUACUCGAGGUGCUUAUGGAAUUUAAUGAGAGCAUUCAUGUCCCAUCUUCAUUGCGAUACGACCUGAAUCUACCCGAUGAUCCUCCUCCCCUGCACGCAGCCGAACAAGAGAUCACUCCCCUUGUCAAUGACGAGACCCUUGCCCGAACAGCACUGAAAGAGGCUAAAUCCGGAUUGGCCAGUGGAAGCCUUUCUCCCAGUGCUUACCGUCAAGUGGAAGAAAGCAUCAAGCGGAACAAGGCAUUCGCACCGGGUAUCAAAUACAGCGAUCUCCUUAAGAUACAACACAGCGGAAUGAAGGCUCCAGGAAAUGGGUCAAAAGAGGCAGAUGCCUUGGACCACAAGCUUGGAUAUAUGACACCAGAGCACGAGGCCGACUUCUAUUUAGCCCUCGAUGCUAAACUUGGAGAUGAGGCCGCAGAAACACGUCUUGCGCGCAUGCCAAAUCCACCAACAUUCGCGGAACGAGAGAAAGAGGCCUCAAUGCGAAAUCCUGCAUCUGUUUUCAACUGGCUGCGCCGUAACCAACCCCAUACUCUACAAGAGCACGAAGCUACAUCGGAUAAGUCUGCGCGGCCCGCCAAUUCCAGAUCAUCUAAACGUGCACCUGCACCGCGCAAGGAAGAAGAUACUAUCGAUGAAGAUGGUGCGGAAGUAGAGCCUACUCCAAAGGGGAAGCGCAAGCGGGAUGAUGAUACCGGAUAUCGCCCCAAGGGUGGAAGCAGCCGAUCUAAGAAGAAGAAGGAGGAUGCAACGCCGCGCAACUCCAAGAAGGCCUAG